UUCCACCUAGAGGACGCUAGGCUCGGCGAGGAAACAGCACCCUGGAACGAGGAAUGAGGACGGCUCCGAUCAAGACCCCGGCCACCAACAAGGAGACAUAUAUGAAAGCCACAGGCGAAAUGCUUCAUUGAACAGGCCGUUUUGACAGACAGACUAUGAGACUGAGGCCGUCCGUUUCAGUGCUACGGAACUCACUUGCGAACCUUUCAACCUUGGGAGCAGUGCCCCAACAAUCUGCAACUGCCAGAAUGGCCAGAAUCAACACGCAACAAGCGAGCGGCACACCAGCCACGGCUUAUACGCCGAGAUACAUUGAUAUUGGCAUCAACUUGGCAGACCCCAUCUUCAGGGGCCGCUAUCAUGGUAAACAGAGACAUCCUGAUGAUCUGAAGGCGGUCGUGGGGAGGGCCGUCGAGGUCGGGUGUACCAAACUCAUUGUGACCGGCUCGUCGUUCAAGAGCUCGAGAGACGCACUCAAACUCGCCAAGGAGUUCCCGGGCACCGUCUUCUCAACUGCCGGCAUCCACCCCUGCAGCAGUUCCAUCUUCAGCCCUUCCCACCACAAGCACCACGAUGAGAGCCAGAGCGAAGGCGAGGAGGACGAACACACACCCGCCUGCGACCCGGACCCGUCAAAGCCCAUACCUGACGGCGAGGGCGUCGACCACGAGCGCAGCACCAAGAUCAUUGCCGACUUGAGCGACUUCAUCACCCAAGCCCGCAACAACACGUCCUCAUCGUCUCCGGGGCUCGUCGCCUUUGGCGAGUUCGGCCUCGACUACGACCGCCUGCACUACUGUUCCAAAGAAGUGCAACUCCACUCCUUCGCCGCCCAGCUCGCCCUGGCUGCCUCCCUCACGCCGCAGCUCCCCCUGUUUCUCCACUCGCGCGCCGCCCAUGCCGACUUCGUCCGCCUGCUCAAGGAAGCCUUCGGUCCGCGCCUGGAGCGCCUCGAGAAGGGCGGCGUGGUGCACAGCUUCACGGGCACGGUCGACGAGAUGCGCGAGCUCAUGGACCUGGGGCUGUACAUCGGCAUCAACGGGUGCAGCUUCAAGACGGCCGAGAACUGCGAGGUUGUGCGGGAGGUCGACCUGUCCCGGCUGAUGAUCGAGACGGACGGCCCGUGGUGCGAGGUCAGGCCGAGUCACGAGGGAUGGAAGUACCUUGUCGAGUGGGAGGCCAAGGCCAAGGCCGCUUCCGAGGCCAUUGCUGCGGAAGAGGCCGAGGUUGCUGCGCCGGCUGCGGCGGCGGCGGCGGCGGCGGCGAACAAUUCUACAAAUUCCUCGGAAGGGCAAGAGAACGUUGAGCAGCCGGAGAGGAAGGAGAAACCAAAGAAGCAGCAGCAGCAGCAGCAGCAACAACAACAACAAGGAAAGAAGAACCAGAAGAAAGAGCCCGAGGUUCCAGAGCGGUACAAGGUGGUCAAGAAGGAGAAGUGGGAGGAGGGCGCCAUGGUCAAGGGCCGCAACGAGCCGUGUACCAUCGAGCGAGUAGCCAAGAUCGUGGCGGGCAUCAAGGGCGUUUCCCUAGAGGAGGUGUGCGAGGCGGCGUGGGCUAAUACGGUCAAGGUGUUCGGGCUAGACUCAUAGACACUGCGCAUUUCCGUUAGACAAUUUGUUCCUCAUAUCCCUUCGGCAGAUACACAAAAGACGCCCUCAGAUGGUUCAUAUCUGACGAGACGUUUCCAGAAGCAGCAUGCAUGUGCAUCUCGAAGUAGGUGCGCCU